AUGACUCAACCGUUGACAGUGGAAAUUCCGGGCCCCAAGCUCAUUACAAAAUCCGGAAAAGAAGUGCAAAUUGGUACCGGCUCAGGCACAAAAUGGCAAAAAAUCAAGAAGGGAAGAGACUCCUCGGUCAAGGAUACGUUGGUGACCGAAAUGGUGGACUACCUUGUGGAGGCAAUUCAUAAUGGUUUCAGGCAUAUCGACACGGCCGAGAUCUACACCACCCAGCCAGAAGUGGCGGCUGCAAUCGCCAAAACCGAUGUUCCCAGAGAGGAUCUCUUCGUGGCUACGAAGUACAACCCAGGUGUGGAACCCCAGCCUGCCAAGUUUGAUAAUGCUGCUGUGUGGGUCGACUCUGCUCUUGAGGAGUUGGGUUUGGACUACUUGGACUCAAUUCUCAUCCAUUUCCCAUUUUUCAAUCCUGAGUUCUCGAAGGGCCAAACAAUUGAGCUGGUUUGGAAAGAUUUGAUAGAGGCCAAGAAGGCGGGUAAGGUACGCUACAUUGGCGUAUCUAACUUCGCUGUGGAACACCUCAAGCGGCUUUUUGCAGUGUCUGGAGAUAAGGACUUUUACCCUACUGUCAACCAGAUUGAAUUCCACCCAUACUUGCAGAACCAGAGCCCGGGGAUCGUCAAGUUUUGCCAUGACAACAAUAUCCUCGUGGAAGCCUACGGGCCAUUAUCUCCACUUUUCAGAAUUGUCAAGGAAGGCGAGGAUGUCAAGGAACAUCCAUUGAAGAGCGUUUUGCCUGAGCUCGCCUCAAAGUACGGCCGUGCCGAGUCGCAGAUCUUGCUUAGAUACACCUUACAGAAGGGCAUUUUGCCCAUCACCACGUCGUCUCAGUCGCAGAGGCAAAAAGAGGCAUUGGCUGUUUACGACUUUGCGCUCUCUGACGAGGAUGUGGCGUUGAUAGAUAAGAAGGGCUCGGAGUUUGAGUUCCGUGGAUUCUUCAUUGGCCUUUUCUGA